CCCGUUAUGGCGGCGCGCACGUCACGACACCAAACCUCGGACAGAUGCAGGGACGACGAGCCGCGCACGGUACGCUAUUAGGAACAGGGUUGAUUUGACCCUGGUCUGCCACCUGGUGUGGCGGCCUUGCUGGGGUUGGAAGGAAGCAUGAUGAGCGGGAAGAGCCUCCUCCUGAAGGUGAUCCUGCUGGGGGACGGCGGCGUCGGCAAGUCCUCGCUAAUGAACCGCUACGUCACGGACCGCUUCGACUCCCAGUCCUUUCACACCAUCGGAGUGGAGUUCCUAAACAGGGACCUGGAGGUCGACGGACGCCUGGUCACUCUUCAGAUAUGGGACACAGCCGGCCAGGAGCGCUUCAAGUCCCUGCGGACGCCCUUUUACCGAGGCGCCGACUGCUGCCUGCUCACAUUCGCUGUGAACGACCUGCAGAGCUUCCAAAACCUCGGCUGCUGGAAGAAGGAGUUCAUGUACUACUCGGAUGUUAAAGACCCGGAGCGCUUCCCUUUCGUGGUGCUAGGCAACAAGGUAGACAUGGAGCAGAGGGAGGUUGGCGAGGACGAAGCACGGGCCUGGUGUGAGGAGAACAGCUGCUGCCCUUACUUUGAGACCAGUGCCAAGGACGACACUAAUGUCACAGCUGCAUUCGAGGCAGCUGUCAGGGAAGUUCUGGCUGCCGAGGACCAGAUUGACCACGCGCUGCUGAGCAGUACUAUUGAUCUCCAUGGCAACCGCAAAAGCUCUCGUGGGUCUUGUUGCUGAUCGGGCAGGUGUGAAUCCACCUUGUCAAAACAUCUCCGGCUGAAACUCGGCCUUGGGCGGUUUCUGAAGCCUACUUCAGGUACUGUCUCAUAGGUGAACCUACUGUAGGUACGCGGUGCGGUGCACCUAAUGUGGAGGGAUGUGACAAGGACUCAGCUGGAGUCAAGUCAAGGCACAAUGUAACAGGCACACGCAUCCUCUGUACUCUCUGCUUUCAGUGGUGUUGCAUACAAACAUUUAGUCCCUGUUUCAGCUUGGCCUUUGCAGGAGGUGUAACAAGUAGUGCUUUCAGACCAUUUCUUUUUUUUAAAUUAAAUAACAAAUAUGUUAGGUAAAGCAGCGGACGGGAGAAUAUUCCACUCCUCUCUCGAAGAGCACAUUCUGCCUUUUGGCAAAGCAGCACCCGUUCAGACAUGGCUCUGCUCACGGUCUGUGCAUGAGCCCAUUUUUCCUGGGCUUUCAGAGGGACUUUGAACACAUAUUUUCCUGUUCUCAGUUCUUUCACUGGAGAGCUAUUGUAUUUUCUAGACACAGAUAAGGUCUGUGAGUGACAGGGUUUCCAACCCAGGCAGACGUUAAGUAUGAGGACCAAAAUCACUCAAGGUACGAGGAAUUUAGAGUGAAGCGGGAUGACCCUCUUUGUCUUCGGAAAGGACUAGUGAGCUUAGUGUCAGCCCUUGGUACGCACUUUCGUGGUGACCUUGUUCAUUUGUGUAAUAUAUAUAUUACCGCAGCACUAUUGUGUAGCUGGGGGUGUCAGGUGUACGAGUUGGGCAUCAUCAGAUUAUUUCCCAUGAUCCAUGUACAUGGGCCUGUUACUACGGUUCAGUGUUUCUCAAAGUUCAAAAAUAAGUGCUGCUUUUGCUGCGGUUUAUUUUUCUGUGAAGCUCUUUUUGAUCCUGAGAACGUGUUAUUUCUUUUGCUGACACUGUAUGACGGUGUUUAAGGGUUGAUUUUAGUCUGUUUUACUAAUGUAUAGAGGUGGUUAUCAUUUUCAAAAUGAUCAAUCAUUUCAGUAAUAUUGGCAUGUUUGUAAUCCUGCGGCUGCUUUGUUGACUGCAAGGCCUCAACAUUCCAGUCAUAUUUGGCCUCUUCUGAAGGUCUCCUGUGCUUUGCUUUGCAGCAUUACAUCCAGCUUGUACUGUCUGUCAGGUUAUUCUAGUUCUGAGCUCAAUGUGAAACAACCCGAGUGUCGUGCAGAUGUCAUUUCCUCUGUCCAUUCAUAAAGUAUUCCUAUUUAAUUUCUAAGUUAAACAUACAACUUAAACAAUGUUUACUUGUUUUCACCGUGGUGGUACUUUCAUUUCAUUGUUUACAUAAAGGCUUCACUGCCAGGGAUAUAAAGGGCAUUAUUUAUGUCAAAGAUAUGCUGGUAUUCAAUGCCUCAAACUUAAGUUUUCAAUUAAUUCUCAGUAUUUGGAUUGUGGCUGGAAUGGUGUUUAUUGCAUAUACUCCAAUAUUCACACUGGUAGUGUUGGAUAUCUUGUGUAUCCUUUCAACCUGAUAUUUGUUUUUAAGUCACAUUUCUUUGUGUCUCAACCAAUAGGGAACGUUACAAGAGCUUCACUGUGACAGCAAACCAAAUCAAGUACUGUCACAUUUACUUAUGAGAUGGUGCUUUGCUUUAAUGUAGGUUUAUAAUACUUUUAAACAAAGUUCAUGUGAUUACUGUAGGUGUUGAGUACUUGUUCCCAAAGCAGGAUGAGAGAAACUUAAUCAACUGUGAACCAAGUGGGCAUUUGAACUAAAUCAGACUGGAAGCCCACAUUCAUUCAAAGCAGAAAUGACGUCCGCUAGCUUAUCAUUUUUUUCUGGCUUAAACCGAUUACUUUGGUAACACUUUAAAAUAAAAUGUAGCAUUUCACAUCGUUUACCUUAGAACCAGUGGGUACAUGGUAGCAUAACCUCAAGAUGCCGUCUAUUUCAGAUGAUUAUAUGUUGCUGUAAUAUUUAUGAAUGUAAAAGAUAAUUUCUUUGCGCUGUCCGUAUUAAUGCUUCAUGUAAAUGGCGAAGGCAUUGGUUUCACAACGUUGUGCAAAAUGACACUGAACAUCUGUCCCACCGAUGUGUGAUUUAAGCGGUGUGAAAGUUGGACUGUUCGUCUCCAUCACGUGUUCAUCAUGUGACUUCCAUCGCUCUCUCUUUGCUCUCUGGGGGAUAGGACUGGUUGUGCCCACAGACUGGCAAAGCCGUGAAUACUCUGCAGUGCAACAAAUAAAACAUGCAACAUA